UUUCCACAUUAUCUUCCCCCUUCACAUUUCUGCGUCCGCGGCCUCAAUUUUGCCGAUAAACAAACCACACCCAACUAUGGCGUCUUCCCUAAUCGCUUCUCAAGCUCUGCCCCUCCGACGCCCCGUUCUCCCGCCGAAGCUCCACCCUUCUAUUGCCAUUUAUUCCCACUCCUUCAACCGCCCACUACCUUCUCCGCUCCCCCUCCGUUUCUGCACCGCCAACUCUCCAAAUCACGGCCUUAGGGUUUUAGCUUCCUCAUCGCCUUCUGCUUAUUCACCAAAACUUUCCAAUCAAUCAGAAGAAAUUCCGAUUGGAUCUCUCCUUACCGGUCCGACCCGGGUACUUGCUACUAUUCUAUCUAUAUCCUUAACAUUUUCGACCUUGAUUGUCAAACUGGUUCAGAAUGUUUGGCCGAGUUUGAUUGCCCAAUGUCUCGUAAAUCCAUGUACUGGGCUCGGUGCCUUCCAGCCGGCUGGCUCUUUGUUCUUCGCUGCACUAGUCGACCGCCCUGGCGGAAAUCUCAACACGCCUUUGACGGUGGUGGCUGCGGGGUUGGCCAAGUGGCUGGAUAUUUACAGUGGGGUUCUGCUGGUUAGGGUUUUGCUGAGUUGGUUCCCCAAUAUCCCUUGGGACCGGCAGCCACUCUCUGCAAUUCGUGAUCUCUGUGAUCCGUACUUGAACCUGUUCCGGAAUAUAAUCCCUCCAAUAUUCGACACCCUGGAUGUUAGCCCACUUUUGGCUUUUGCUGUUCUGGGCACACUAGGGUCAAUUCUGAAAAAGUAGCAGGGGCAUGUAUUGAAGGAGGCUACGAGUGGAUUUGGUUGGUUGGUUGGUUAGUGGCGGAAUUUACGACGAGUAAGGGGAUUUGAGUUUGCGAGACAUGAUUGUAAAUUUUAGUUAAAACAGUUGAAUUUUGACAGCUUUUAAUGAAGCAUUUGUUCGAUGAGGUUAUCGUUUCGGUUUAUGUAAUCUCCGUUUCAGACUUAGAAAAGGAUGGUAUAUUUGAAUUUGUUUGCUCGGCAUAAAUUAUCAUCUGCUGUGGUACUUUUCAGCAGUUUUACUACCCAGCCUUUUGCA